AUGUCGAAAUACCCAAUAAUCGGAUGUUCCGAUGUAAAUGCCAGGGAUAUAAAUGCAACGAAAGCUUCUAACAUCGACCUGUUUUUGGAGUUCCUUAAUUGUGUUAUGAAUAAAGAUUUCCGACAGGCUAUAAAUUUAGCGAAACAGAUCCUUGAGCUGGAACCAGACAAUAACAACAUUCGUGAGUUCCUGCCCUUGUUAAAUGACGCAGACCAUAUGAAAUCAGCGGGUUUUUUCCACUCAUUUACUGAUGAUUCUGACUCAGAGCAUGAAGACAGCGAGGAUACUGACAGUGAUUUGCAAGCAUCAUCUACCGACUCUUCUGAUGAGUUUGGUUAUACAAGUUCUGAUUCUGAUUCGCCACGAAAUAAUAAAAAAACGCAUGGAUUUUGA